AUGGCUUCAUCAAGUAUUGGGGAACCUGUGAUUGAAGAGUCAAGUUCUCUUUCCGAAACAGAUUUACAAAAUUUGAAAGGCAAAGCAAACUUUUGUAAACUGGAACAGAUUUACCAAAAAUUUGAAUAUGGAUAUUACCUAGAAAAAUUAUAUGUGAAGCAAAAGCCGGAGCGACGUACCUUUUUAGUCAAGUUAGAAACUAGGCAAAUAAUUUGGUUUAGACCCCGAAGUAAUGUAGUUGAGGGAUCUGUUGAUUUGCGAGAAGUCAAAGAGAUUCGAGGCAGAAAAAGUGGCAAACUUUUUGAACGCUGGCAGGAUGAAACAAAAAGAUACAAAAAAAAUUGUGAAUUCUUUGUUGUUCUUUAUGGUAAUACAUUCUGUUUAAAGGAAUUAGCUUGCAUUGCCAAAAGAGAUCAGCAUGAAAUAUUAGUAAGAGGUCUUCAGUAUCUUGUUGCUGAAAAUGAUAAUGUUCCCUAUCCUUUAGAGAUCGAAAGGUGGCUGAAAAAAGAGUUUUUUAUCAUGAAAAAUUCAAAAGAGCUAAUCCCUAUAAAAGAUUUAAAACAAUUUUUGCUGAAAAUCAAUUUGAAACUCCCUGGCAAUCGUUUGAAAGAAAUAUUUCAAAAAAUUGAUGUCAGAAGAGUUGGAGAAAUUGGUUUUGAAAGUUUUGCAUCAUUUUAUCAUAACUUAAUGUACAGUGGUCUGUUGCUCAGUAGUUUUUUUUAUCUCUAUACAAAGGAUGAUGAACUUGUCAGUCUUGAAGAAUUUCAAGACUUUCUGCAUGAACAGCAAAAGGAUCCAAAUGCAUAUGAUGAAGCUAAAACAAUAAAAUUGAUGUGUGAUUUUCUUCAGAAUCCUGGUCGAGAUGCGCGAGAACCGUUCUUCACUAUACCUGAGUUCCUAGACUUUUUGUUUUCAAAACAAAAUGAUGUUUUUGACCCCAGUUAUUCUGUAGUUAAUCAAGAUAUGAAUCAUUCUCUUGUGAAUUAUUGGAUUGCUACAUCUCAUAAUACGUAUUUGACUGGUGAUCAACUUUUUUCCAAGUCAUCUACAGAAGCUUACGCAAGAUGUCUUCGUAUGGGUUGCCGCUGCAUUGAAUUGGACUGCUGGGAUGGCCCAGAUGGUUUGCCUUAUGUAUAUCAUGGCCGUACUUUGACAACUAAAGUGAAAUUCAUUGAUUGCAUAAGAACAAUUAAAGAGCAUGCAUUUGUAACUUCAGAGUACCCUGUAAUACUUUCUGUAGAAAACCACACAUCUUUGCCUCAGCAACGAAACAUGGCUACGGCUUUUGUUGAAAUUUUUGGAGAUUUGCUCUUAACUCAACCUAUUGAGAAAGAUGGUACCCAGAUGCCAACGCCUAAUCAGCUGAAAAAAAAAGUAAUUAUAAAGCAUAAAAAGCUCCCUGAAAAAGAAGAGUCUGAAGAUAAAACUGCUCUGCUUAGUGAAAGAGAAGAAGAAUCCGACAUCAACAAUGCUGUGAAAAAUGGAAUUCUGUAUUUAGAAGGUCCAGUAAACCGUGAGUGGCGGCCACAUUUCUUUAUGCUUACUCAAAGUAAAAUGUAUUAUGCUGAAGAAGAACAAACUACUGAAGAUGAAGAUGAUGAUGAAGGCAUUAACACUCCUAUAGAGGACAUUCCAAGUGAUGAAUUGCAUUAUGGUGAAAAAUGGUUUCACGGAAGGUUACGUGGAGGUGGAGCGCAAGCUGGUGAACUUUUGAAUCAGUAUUCCUAUUUAGGUGAUGGAACAUUUCUUGUCAGAGAAAGCGUCACAUAUCCUGGUGAUUACUCUUUAUCUUUUUGGCAUCAAGGUACAGUAAAUCACUGUCAUAUUUCAAAACAAGAAGAUGGCCAAACUCAAUAUUAUAUAAAUGACUCUAUUUCUUUUGACUCUUUGCAUGAAUUAGUGACAUACUUUCAAGCAAAUGAACUCAUAACUUCCACAUUUUCUAUCUGUUUGGCUGAACCAGUGCCUCAGCCGAAAGAACACGAAGGAAAAGAAUGGUAUCAUGCAAAUAUGACAAGGUCUCAAGCAACAGAAUUACUCAUGAAAAUCCACUAUGAUGGUGCUUUUUUAGUCAGGCCUAGUGAGAAGCAAUCUGAUGCAAUUUUUUUUGCAAUAUCUUUCAGAGCAGAGAAUAAAGUCAAACAUUGUCGCAUUGAAUUUGUAGGUCGAUUGUACUCAAUAGGCUCAGUAAAAUUUGAAAGCUUGGUGCAGUUAGUUAAUUAUUAUGAGAAGAAUACAUUGUAUAGAAAAGUUAAGUUAAAGUACCCAGUAAGUGAAGAAGUUCUUCAAAGAAUGUCAGGUAUGAAUGGAAAUGGAAGUUGCCAUCUGCUUCAAAGCAAUGCUUCUCAUUCAAGCUACUUGAAAUUGAGCUUCAGGAAACUUAAAACGUUUAAGGGCAAAUCCAUGAUAACAGUGAAAGCUUUGCAUGAGUACCAUGCACAAAGCAGAUGUGAGUUAUCAUUCCCAAAGCAUGCAGUUAUAACUAAUGUAAGCAAAGAAGAUGGUGGAUGGUGGAAAGGUGACUUUAGGGGCAAAAAACAGCAUUUCUUCCCUUCUAUUUAUGUAGAAGAAAUUGAACUCAUAGAGAUUUGUGAAGAAAAUGCUUCUGAAGCUAUGCCUUUAGGUGACUUGCAAAAAGGAAGUAUUGACAUUGUCAACUGUACUGUAGACAGUUUGCCAUCAGCUUCACUUGAAGAUCAGUUUUACGUGUUUAGGAUUUCUUCGCCACAUCGUAUUCCCAUUGAAAUCGCUGCUACUAGCGAGGACGAAAUGAGGGAAUGGACUCAAAAGAUUCGAGAAACUUCACAGUCUGCAAAUGAUAUGUUGCAACAUAGCAGAAAAAUGGAAAAAACGUUAAAAAUAGCAAAAGAAUUAUCAAAUCUUAUUGUGUACUGCAAAACCAUAUCAUACAAUCCUGAAAAGGUUGGAAACUUUGCAGAAAUGUACUCUUUUUCUGAAACAAAAAUUGAAAAAUUGAUUGGUCCUACAAUAUGCAAGCAGCUUUUAAAAUAUCAUAAACUACAAUUUAGUAGAGUUUAUCCGAAAGCCAGUCGUGUUGAUUCUUCAAAUUUUGACCCCAUAAAACAUUGGAAUUGUGGAGUACAAAUGGCUGCAUUAAAUUAUCAAACUCCAGAUAAAGCCAUGCAGUUGAACCAAGCUCGAUUUUUACAGAAUGGCAGGUGUGGAUAUGUCUUAAAACCUAGUUUUAUGCUUGACGAAGCUUUUGAUCCUUAUGAUAAGACAACUCUUCAAGGUGUAAAACCCAUAGUUGUUACACUUGAAAUAAUUGCUGCUCGUCACCUGAUGAAAUUUACCAAAGGCAUAAUCAGUCCAUUUUUUGAAAUAGAGAUUGUUGGAGCAGAAUAUGAUUGCAAUCGUUUUAAAACAACUACAAAAGAGGACAAUGGUUUUAAUCCUGUAUGGAAAGAAUCUUUCACCUUUAUCAUUUAUAAUAAAGACUUGGCUUUAAUCCGAUUUGUUGCACAGUAUAUUGAUGUGUUCGGCGAUUCCAAUUUCCUUGCUCAAACCUCUUAUCCUGUUAACUGUUUACGUGCUGGAUAUCGUUCUGUUGCUCUCAAAAAUGAGUACAGUGAAGAAUUAGAACUUGCAUCAUUACUGAUUCACAUUAGUAUUGAGGAGUUUGAACUUUCACUUGCACAGAACCAGCAAUCCAGUGAGCAGUCAGAAAAUGUUGUUCCAAGGGCGAAAGCAGGAAACAGCAUUGGAGAAAAACUGCGUAGAUCAUUGAAUUUGCAACGAUUUUCUGCAAAAGAAACUCCUUGAGUGAAGAAUCAAGCCAUAAAUUGCACGAAGAAACCACCAAAUGUGCCAGAUCAAAUUAUAAUACAGCAUUUUUCUACUUUGUUUUGACCUGUACAAAUUUUAAAAUAUCCUAUAUUGUUUGCACCUAUUAAUGAACUGCACUAAUUUCUCAUAUUAUUGUAACUAAAAAGCAAUAAUGUAGCACAACUUAUGUGUGAUAUCAGUUAAUUUUGCUAAACAGUGUUGGUUGUUUACUUACAAAAUAUUAUCAAUUUUGUUCAAAAUAAUUUAUUAUUAUUUUGAAAAUUAUAUUUUCCUUUUUUUAACCAAUCAAUCCCACUUUUAUACUACUUUGCAUAUUUUCCACUAUUUAUAUCACAGAAUGAAGAGAAACAUUGAUUUUCUAGUCCAUCAUCAAAAAUUUAAGAUUUCUAGUCAUUUUUAUUUCAUCUUUUUUCAGAUUGUUCUUAUUGUUGCAUUUAUAUUGUUACAACAUGUAUUUCUGUUCAACAUUUUUUUAUUAUUACUGUCUUGAAACAGUUACGUUUUUAUUAACUGAUGUUCCAGGAGUGUGUUCACUUAAACCAAAUGUCAUAGGUUAGUUGUAUUUUUUAUAUACGCAUAUUUAUGUUCAUUUAUUUCUGUAUUUCAUAUUACUUCAACCAAUUGGUCCUACU